GACUGAUUGCCAUAGCAACAAGCAUCACCUAAUUCACUGCUGCACUGAAAGCUCUUGCUCACAAAUGCUGUUCUGCUAUCAGUUCGAAGCAGCCAUUUCUGACACCAACGAGACAAAAGAAAAACAGAGACCAAGGUAUCAGGUAUAAUGCAUGCUGUUUGUUACUACAAUAAUGCUAUUCACUUAAAAAGUUCCAAUUAAUGCAAUUAUGGUAUAAUUAUAUAUAUAAAUAUAAGUGUGAGUGUGUACUGAACAUUAUAUUGAGAUAUGAUAGGUACAAUGUUUAAUUCCCUAUAAUAUAUGCAAUACUUAAUAUAGAAUGACUAAACAUCAGCAUAGAAUGUUGUGUCUACAGCAUGUUAGGAACAUAGUGUUUCGAAUCAUUAAAAUCCUCUGGUCUCCAUGCAUGACAUGGUUUUGUUUCCUGCUGAUACUGAGAAUAGAUCAGUAGACAUUGCAGGAUUCCUGCUGAUUGCUGAAGAUGGACGUUAUUUGGUAGCUGUCCGAAAUGAUACUUCCCUCCUUUUCGAAUGUGAUGGAGGUCAGGGCUGAUAAUUGCUGAGAGGAUUAAUCUGAGAAUUUCUGCAGGGACUGGCAUUAAGCUGGGAUUGUCACAGCUCUGACAUUGCAGAAAGCCUUCUCGCUGCUUUGCUGCAGUGGGCACCAUACCCAUUAAAAGAGGGUAUUAAAUGUGGUGCGGCAGUGAAAGCAAAACAUUUUAAAAAAAAAACCUUCACAGUUAAUUAAAUAAAAAUUAAGAUGCGUUGAGACGGUGUCUAUUUUAAGACUGCAGGCUGGCUAUCAAGGUGUCAGAGCUAAUCUCUAAUUACUAGGUAUUAAUUAGGAAAAUGAGUUAUUUUUAUUGUAUGUAUAAUGUAUAUAUCAAUCGAAACCAGCUAUGCAAACAGUGAGCUCUGUGUAUAAAAUGUUUAGUCAUUCUCUGACUGUCACGCCACUUAUUACUUCUAUAUAUAAAAUGAUCUCUCCAGAAUUUGCUCCCUACGCAUGACAGGUGUAGUUUAUGUAUCACUUGUGUUUGGAGUUUUAGCCAUGACUUGGCACAGUGAUUAUUUAAUGAUCACUGCUCUUACUGCUCCCAUCCCACCACCAGUGACACAUAUUUCUCUUCACCCACAAGGCCAUUUGGAAAAUGUUUGGUUCCAUGUUAUGUCACUACCUUGAUCCUCUGUCGUGUUACAAAAAACCUUUAAUGCACAUUGCAAUUUCCUUGCGUUGGAUUAGCCGAAAUAGCUACAGGCCUCAGUAUCUCCCUUAAAUUAUGCCCAUUUAAGGGCCUUGCUAAAAUAGAUCAAACAUCUAUGAUAUUAUUCUUCAAAACACUCCAAACUGCUCUAUAAGAUUCAACUCAGAUUCUGUGAAGUAAUUAAAAUGUAUAUAUAUUUUUAGUCGUAUUUAUUUCAAAAGAGAAAUCAGCUACACUAUUUCAACUUUCUGACCAGCUUAAAGUAAAGCAGUCCUGUUCUGUUUUUAUUCUUUCAUUUUCCCUUUCCUUUCGUCUUUGUUAUUUUAAUAAUUAUAUUUCCCUUGCCUUAAUUUUGUUGUUUUUAUCUUUACUUCAUUGUGCCGAAUCUCUCUAUCUCUUUGCAGCCAGUUUGUUUUAAUCUGCCCAUGAGGUCUGCUCUUUUUGAAAUUUGAUUGGCAGUUAAAACAGAGCCUUGCUUAAGCUCCACCCAUUGUCAAGUUUGUCAACUUUACUGCUAUGUAUAAGGAAACAAAGUCCCUACCUUUCCUUAUGUAUUUUAUGAGAUCUCAGCAAAAAUAUAAAGAUAUUCAGACACAUGGAACCAUAUAGAAUCUUAUUAGAUUAAGUUUAUUUUUUUGGUGAUCGAACGCCUUUAUAUGUUAAAUAGAACGCCUUUAUAUGUUCUUAAAAUAAUUGUAAACCAAACAGAAAAACUCUCACUAAAUUCAUGUCUUUAUAAUAUUGCCAUUAUCAAGAUUAUAUUUUUUCUUAUGAUGAGGCUCACAGAUGCCGGAAUAUGUGAUGUUAACUUUGUGCCUUUUCUUAAAAUGACUUAGGGUUUCAAGUCACUUUUUACUAUUGUCAUAUUGUGCAGAUAAUUGCUUCACUAUAGAUGACACAAAGGAGCUCAAUGAGAUUUUCCUUUGAAGAGGAUUGUAUUACCCUUAGAGCUAGAAUAAUGCUUCUCUUUAACUAGUCACCUGUGGUGGUUUAUUCAUUAAACUGGGAUUUGUGAAGACCUAAUAAGGUUCCAAAAGAGCAAAAUAGCUGUAUCGUGAUAACUGUUCCAAAUCAUUUAUUCUUCGCAACAUAUAUUCAUAAGAUACCAACAUGAAAGUAUAUAUUGGUACUAAUGUUUAGUUUAAAUUUUUCCAUUUUUUUCUGCCUAUCGUGAAAACUAAAGUUCAUUUUUACGGAUUUGAUUUUUAUUGAAGCACAUCAAAAGCAUUACUGAAUUGCUAUUCAGACUUAGCGAAUUUAAAUGAUUAUUGCAAACAACACAAAAAUAUGUGAUCUGGAAAAACCAUUUCAAACUAUUUUUCUAUUCUGUUAUAUCUGUUGCACUUUGAUUAAUAUUUUCCUUCUUCCGGCGAUGUAAUUAUUUUGCAUGAAUAGGGAGCAGACAGUUUCUAAGCUGCUCGGAUGUAGUUCAUUUGGUUAUUUGUUGAUAGGAAUAUGUGGCCUGCAGUUUUAAUACUAUGAUGUAUAUAUUUAAUCUGUAAUCGCAGUAGGUUAUGUUCGGUAGAUUAUGGUUUUUAGAUUUUUUUACUGCAUUUUAAAAUGAGCAAAAUGAGCAUUUUUUUUAAACAAAGAUACACAUUUCAGAAUUUUCCAUACACAUAUAUAAUUUGGCAAUAAUAAUUCUAAUGGUGUACCAGCUGAUCCUAUAGUUGGUUGUUAAAUGGGCUCUUGAAUUAUCAAUUGACAUUACUUCUGCAGGACUCCCUACAGUUCCUUUUUUGAACACCAUUUUUGAUUGGAGUAACCCCAUAAAAUUAAAUCUGGCUCUGUUUGGGAACCCUGCAGGUGUAGAGUGAUGACUCAGUGCUGGGCAGUGUGCCUGUAUCUGUGUGAGAGCCACACAAGCAAAGAGUAGAAGAGUAGAAGGAGUUUGAAGGGAGAGGUGGCAAAUGCGUCCUUGCCUGUGUAGCCAAAACUCCUUUCACUGAGAAGCUUCUAAGUCUUGGAGGACUAAUGUUUAUGGUAAUAGAGAAGACAGUACAAGAUUGAGUGUUCACAUAUUGUUGGCCUGUUGUUUAGCCUGAGAAAAUGAUAAUUUGCACCGCCCAUGGGAGUGGAUAAAUUGUAGAUGCUCCUCUCGUUGUGGACCCUUGCCCAUAACACAUAGUCCAGAAAUUGAUUUCCAAGAACACAUAAGGGCAUGCAGUCCACAAACAAGAACACAUAAGGGCAUGCAGUCUUCCAACCCCGAAUCAACUGUAUACGUUCUCCUGUCCUAGAAUUCCAACACUCACUAUCCUUGUAUAGCUACCCUCCCCUGCCACAUCAAUAGACUCAAUUCUUUAAAUGGAAGCUGAGAUGGAACAUUGCUUAAUAAGAGUAAUAAAAACAUGUUAAAACCAGAAUGGGCACAUGACAGCCAUAGCUGCCUUGCAGUCUACUGUUCUUGGGUGCAUGGUUCCUUAGUGCCCCUUCAUGUUGAGUAGCAGACAAACCUUUUAUUUAAUUACUGUUGCAUAUAGCUUCACUCUUGUAUCUCAUUAAUUUUCAUCCUUGUUUUUGUAUGUUAAUUAUAUAAUUGUAUAUUAAGAAGAAAAUCUAUGGGCAAGAAUGGGGAAAAAAAAACCUAUACAAAUGAACAGAAACAAUAUUAAUGAUAUUAAUUAUAAUAUCCACAUGAAUGAAUUUUGAAUCCUAGAACACCUUUCCGGUGUGCACUGUCUGUUAAAGUGCUAACAGUACCUUUGUUUCUACAUUUCAACAUCCUUUCUUCUCCUACUCGACCUUUGCAAUGCUCUUGACAAUAUCAUCCUCAAUCUUUCGCCUCACGGCUCAUCAACUCGCCCAUCUCUUUUGUCAGCUCCUCAUCAUCUCUGUACGCUGACAAUCAAUAAAUGUACCUAUGUGCAUUUGGACUCGAGCCAGCACGCCUCUCGCUAUGCUGCCAGAAUACACUGUGAAAAUGGUUGGCGUGCUCUCUCUGAUUCAGUCUAUAGAUACCUAACAACAUAAAACCAAAACAAGGCAUUAAAAUGCAUCCGAGUAGAAGUACAUAAUACGGCUAAUGUUUACUACCUUUACCACUUGACUGGCAUCCUAAUAACUAAUUAUUUUAUUUUCAUUCGAUCUUUGGGUAUACAGUAAAAUGAUAGUUUAUUUAACAGUGAGCUUUCCUAAUGAUGCUACUUUAGCCUAUAUUGUUCUCUUCAGAUGUCAAGUAAGAACUGAUUAAGUACCUAUGAGUAUACGAGCCCUGUAGCUUCUCAUUGGAGCAUGGAACGUCUAGCAGCCUUCCUUUUGACAUUAACCCUUCAUUCUCAGUUUGGUUUGAUUUGAUUUUGCACGACAGUGCAAGGCAUAAUGAAUAUCAUUAGAAUAAAUACUAUUCACAUUAUUUCUGGUCAGCCUAGUCCCAUGUUUAUUAGAGAAGGAUUUUUUAUUAUUAUUAUUAUUAUAUAGCAAUCAGCAAUGUCCUAUGACACAGAUGCCCACUUUUAGCCAAGCAAUUGUAUUUACUAUCUGUGGACAUUUUUAGCUAAUGUGAUUUUUAGAUUCUGGUAUCAUUUUGGGAAUCUGCCCUCCCAAAUACUAACAGAAGAAUUCCCAAUACCCACAAAGUGUUAUUUAGCCUUGUAGAUUCAUUUUCUAUCUUGUUAAAAGUACUGCAAGAUGCUUUUAAUAUAAUCUCCAUUUAUUCCGUCCACCAUCAUUAUUUGUGAAAAGGAGAAAUUAAUCAAUAAUACAAAAACGGUUUCUUUGAAUACAGGCAGUCUUGCGAUGUUGUAUUUUCCAGGGAAUUAUAUCUGACUUUUUAUCCUGCUGAGUUGCUCAUGACACCUUUUUAGUAGAAUAUUUCAUACAACAUUUAAUAGAACAUUGCAUCAGCCUAGGGCAGGGGUAGGCAACCUUCGGCACUCUGGAUGUUGUGGACUACAUCUCCCAUAAUGCUUUUACACACAUAAUGGCAGAUGUGGCAGAUGUAGUCCAUAACAUCUGGAGUGCCGAAGGUUGCCUACCCCUGGCCUAGGGACAUAUUGUGUUUGCAGCUAAAAAAAACUGCAAAGAAAUCCACCCACUGUAUUCUUUAGUAAAACCUCCUUAUCAUUUAUUAGUGAUUUUGUUUCUUAAUCCCGCUGUUCAUUCUUUAAUCCUCUUUAAUAUUUAAUAAUGCAUGCUGCUCUCCAGUCGUCUAUGCUAGAGUGUUUGGGCACUGUGACAGGGACUGCAAAAGGAACAUAUGUUUAUGUAUAUAAAUGACCAUUUUCCUCUAUAAUAUUAUACAAUUCUUAGCUCUUCUGCAGCUGUAGGGUAGGGUGUCUGCUAGCUGAGAAUUCUCAUACUCAACUUUAUCAUACUCAAUGAUUGUAAUAAACUCCAUUCUGCUUCCUAUGAAUCUUAAAUCAGAACUACCAAAAAUCCCAUAUUGGUGUAAGAGCGCCUACACAGAGCUCAUACAUACGAAAGCCUUGGAGUCUGGCACAGCAAUAUUUUGUUGAACAGGUCAGUAAUGCUGGUCCAAUUGUAAGACAGGUAAUUCAGACUCGAUCGUGUGUGCUAAACGUCAUGCUUUAUUGAUAUUAUUUUAACAUGAAGAAAGUUCAUAUGGACACAGUGAGUAGAGGGGUCACAAAGGAACGAGGUGCUAACGCAUUUCACGCCAUUCAAGGCAUUUCCUCAGAGACCUGCAUUCUAGCCAGGCACAUCUUAAAUAAGUGAAGUAAAUGUAACAAAACACAGCCAAAUUAUGGCCGGGGAACUACCACGGAACAACCCAACCCUAAAUGCUACAAUGGCAGUCUGGAGGAGACUGGCGACCCACACAGACUUAGCCCCGGAGCUCUCACCACUAUGUCCCAUAUCACACAACCCAAAAUUUAUCCCUGCAUUAGACCCCCACUACACGGCUGCCCUGGGCCUACCGACCUACCUCUGCAGAUUGAAGGACAUCUAUGACCAAGGCACAAUUGUGCCCCUGACCACCCUGGUCCCAAAUACUCCACACAAUAUGCUACUACGCUUCAGAUAUCACCAACUGACGAGGUUUCUGAGAAGUAUACCGACCCUAGACUCGGCAACACGAACGCUCUCCGUUUUUGAGACCAUCUGCAUGAACCCCCCCCCACACGCAAUUUUGAUACUGUGCUGCAUGCAAACCACCACCACCACUAACGCACCCCCUCCUUACUUCACUAAGUAUUGGGAAAGGGAUCUAGGACACACAAUCUCAGCGGAGCAAUGGACAACAGUGUUUACGCUCACACACAAAGCCUCCAUCUCCACCAAAUUCCAAGAAACAGGAUAUAAAAUGCUCUUCCACUGGUACAGGACACCGGGAAAACUCAGCACGAUGAAAGCCAUGAACGACCCAGAAUGCUGGAGAUGCGGGAGGGAACUGGGAUCCCUCUUCCACAUAUGGUGGUCCUGCCCCCUUAUCCAGCCCUCUUGGACAGAGGUCCACAAGAUACUCACAACCAUAACAGAAGCAAACCUGCUCCCCACACCAGAAACAUUCCUGCUCCAACUAACACAGAUCCCCAUCAACAGGUUUAAAAAAACGGCAUUCCCACACCUAAUGAACGCAGCCCGCAGCCUCAUCCCGGGGCACUUGAAACAACGCACGGCCCCGACAAUCAGAGAAUGGAUGACAAGGGUGGAAGACAUCAGAUGCAUUGAGGAGCUCAUCCACUCCGCAACCGGACGCGUACAACGCUACCACAUCGCGUGGUACCCCUGGCUCCAAUGGCUCACCUCCACCGCACCAAUUACGGGGGCCACACAACACCCGGCAGUGGAGGCAGACGGGACGGCCAUGAUGGAACCGACUGGCGAUAAUACGGAAGCUGGACCAACGACCCAACUAAACCAAGACGACCACGCGGAGCUGGAGAUGCCCCGUGUCCAGGGGGCGGGGGGGACUGGGGUGGGGACCUGGGACCUGACACCCCCCCCAACCUCCCGCACCCCCCCCACCUGCAAUAUCCUCACCCCAUUAACCUACAUCCCCAUCCCUCCGCCCCCCCCCCCAUAACACACACUAAAACACAUGACCCACCGCCGACAGGCUGACCUAAGAACACGACCUACACACACAGAGACACCCCAUCACUUGCGAGACCGACUACACACCACAGCACUCACAAAAGACCCACCACGACCUGCAAACGCCGGAUAAUGGAUGAACCAACCCAACAAUACCCAAGAACAUUAUACCACGAUACCAGACACCACCCAACCCUCACAACCCGGAACAGUAUCCGCUCGACCGAAACACCCCCGACGCAAACCGGAGCUUUAAACAAGCCCAGACGGACACCAGACACAGAGGAGACACCCCAACAAGACAACACCCUGACGCACGACAUCCACACGACCACCGCCCACAAACAUUAAAGAACAGCGACUAACACCGAGGGGACACCCGUACCAAACACACACACAGGACAAAAUUAACUGACGGACCCCUUGACCUCCAAACGCCCCACUCCUCGACAACUGCUCCCCGCCCUCCACCCCAACGGAUCUUGAACAGGCCUACCUAACAGGGACCCCAGGACCGUGCCUCCCUGCUGCCCACACACGCCCUCCACCCACCUCCGCACGCGUGCUUGGCUUGCCAAAUCAUAUAACCUGCCCGACACACCGCCAACAACACAGGAGCCUCUGAAAACAAGACGAGUCGCUGCCUCCUAAUACUUACCCCAUCCAGCAGGCUACCUGUACUAAGGGAAUGCACCACAUAGCUCAAAAUUCGUACUGUAUAAUCUAUAAUGCGAACUAUGUCCUUGCAUAGACCACAACAAAGCUGUACACUUUACGGACUUGUCCAACAAGGCUAGGUGACGUGCCAUGAAUGCUAUUGUAUUGCCGUUAGAUGCUUAUCAUAUAUUAACAACAAUGUCUGCCUUUACAACUCAGUCCCCGAACUGGCCUUCAUCUGCUGACGGGUGACAUUUAAACAUGAAUGCUUAAAAUUGUUAAACAAACGUCUGAACUAUUUGACCGCUGGCAGCAUCAGAAGCCAACGGCCAAAUAGGUGAAAAACCUCUGUGUCAUUGUCCUAUUACAUUGAGACCUGCGAGUCUCCCGUACACCUUCACUGUAAUGAUGUUCUACUGUAACUGUAAUUACGAUUCUACGCCUUAAUAAAGCCUUGAAAGAAAGAAAAAAAAAAACCACAGCCAAAUUAAUCCAAAAAACCAUUGAGUACAGAGUAUCAAUCGAUAACAGGCUGUCCUCUCCAAGCUAGAUGAAAUAUGACAUGCAAACUAGCAACAAGAAAACCAAGCCAGUUAGCAUGGAUAAAAUAUAAAACGAUUACCUGAAGUCUGAUACAAUUUAAAGAGUGCAGUGUACUAAGAAAUAAAGGGCAGAGAUCCCAAGCCAUUAAAAGGAAUACUAUGUAAAAAUGUUGCUCAAUGUCUAAUACAACGUGAAGCGUGGAAAGAGCAGUCCAGGAAGAUACUUAGGAAACAGAAAAUAAAAUAGAAUAAUAGCACAAUAAAAAAAAGUAUAACUUAAUGCAAACAAAUAUCUAAUUAUGGAAUUGAAAUCCCACUCUUAGUUUAGGCCUUGAGUUAUUGCACAAUUAUUCCAAUAGAUUUUUCUGAACAUUACCAGCCAUGACAGGGGUUAAAGAUCUCACAAUACCCUAAAAGGAAAAAUAGCUAAUAGUCCCUUCGAUACAGUGGUGCAAAUGUUGAGCGACUGGAGAUUUAUAAUGUAUAUUCUCCACAUCCAAUAUGUGCGCUCUAAUUCAUGCCUUCAAUUCACAUUGGGUUUCUCCCACAUUUUAAGAAAGUGAUAAGGCUUAGGAAUAUUAAAUGAGGUUGGUUAGGAAUAUUAGUUAUUUUUAUUUUUUUAUACUUUACCUACUGGUGCAAAAAAACUCUCUGCAUGUGGACUUAAAUUUAUUUGCAACUUUCUACAAGGUGCUUUGCAAAAAUCUUUUUGUAUAAAACAAAACAAAAGUUUCGUAACCCCUUAAGGACAAAUGACAUGUGUGACAUGUCAUGAUUCCCUUUUAUUCCAGAAGUUUGGUCCUUAAGGGGUUAAAGGACACCUGUCAUGCCCCCAACAAUGCAUGCUCAUUCUAUCUAUACCUUGUGCUAUAUUUUACCUUGAAUACAUCAUGUAACUUUAUGAUAUAAGGUGUAUUCAAUGUAUAUGGGAGCAAUUUCAUGCAAGUGAAAAUUUACAUGACGGGUUCACUUUUAAACCCAAAUCAAAAACAUAACAAACCCAACUAAACCCCAUUUAAUGAAAUUAAUCAAAGUAAUAUCCUAAGCUGCAAAGAUUUAAGUGGGAGAAAUAGAAUUAUUAUCACUCUGCCGUUAUAUUAACAUACUGUUUAAACCAGUUUAGGAAUUAAUCUAUAGCAUUGACAAAUGGUGUCAGAUUGCAAAAAUCGGGCAGCCAUUUUAUUUAAAGCGUUACUCAAAACAUAAUAACCACUAUAGCACACUGUACAUCCAGUUGUCUGGUUACAAUUACACGUCUGUUAGUCCACCCAUUGUACAGCGCUACGGAAUCUGAUUGCACUAUAUAAAUAAUAAAAUAAUAAUAAAUAAUAAUAAUAAUGCCAGGAUUACCCAGGUCUUGCUCCCCGGUAAUGGGGCAAACUAUUUAACAAGGUUUGCCCUCUUACCUGGCUUUUGGCCAGGCUCUGAGCCUCCUAACUUAUCUGCUGAUGCAUUCUGGCUUCUGCAUAGCUUCAAAGCCAGAAGUCGAUCCAACCACCAUUCAUUGGCCACUGACCAAUCUCAGCCACGAUGCAAAAAACUAAAUUGCACAGAAUUGACAUUAGCCAGCCCAUGUCCAAGCCUUGUUGAAUGUUGGCUUAUUACUCCCCCAAGGUACCAUUACUACUUCAAAUAACUGAGGUGGUCAUGGUGCUUGGAGUGACACUGUAAGUUCUCUUGAGAGAAAAUCAUCAUUUAAAGUGCAAAAAACUGUAGUGACCAGAUUUUCUUCCAUUGACUGUUUGGGGAUCAGGAAUAAGACUGUUAACAUGCAGGUAUGCCAUAAGAAUUGAAAGAUACCAAUCUUUGCAUAUUUCACCACCAGCAUAAAGAACUGUAAGCGCAAAUGUUAAAUUUCCCAUUUAUUGUACACUAGUAAACUGGAUGCCAUUCCCCACCUCCACUACUGGAGAGUGGGUUCUUUGUAAUCAGGAGCUUCCAUUUGCUCAACUGAGCUAAACUCUGCAAUGAAGGGCUUAGCUCAUUGGCUGAGAAUGUCUGCUGUAGUGGUUGUGGUUCUUGGAGUGUUCAUUUAAGUGUCUGUUUUUUCCCCCCUAUUAACAUCACCAAAAUGUUUGGCCUUGUGAUGUCACUUAUUCUGAUUUAAAAAAAUCUGAUUCUUCUACAUAAUAACGUAGCAGAUGUUAUCGAUCAGUGCACUAUGCGUUACAGGCAAACCUAAAUAUCUUUGCAGUAUUGCUCCUGCCAUGUGCAGUUUUUAAAAAAUCAAUACAUUUGUUCCUUGUAAAACUAACUUGUGCUGUCAGUCAUUUUACUAAAAUUAUAGAAAAGGGAUAUUUAGAGAUUGUUACCACUGCUCUAACCAGAAGAACCAGCGUCUAAACACAAUAAAGUCUGCUGGAUUCUUCAUGUACUCACCAAGGUAACUGCUGAUGCAAGCAUGAAUGUUUGUGUGCAAUCAUCUGUUGCAAUAAUACAAUUAAAAUAUCUGUAAGGCAAGCGUAUCAGCAGGUUUGACUAAUUAUGUUUAUACUGAAUGUAGGUCCAUGUCCAAAAUAAAUAAAAUGCCAUUAAUCCCCUAAAGACCAAUGAAAGUCUUGGCCACUAUAACAACCUAUUCUUUUAGGAUCCUAUUCCAAAAUGGAAGGUGCCACUCAAUUAAUGACUGUAGGCCUGUAUGGAGCCACAAAAGAUAAUCCAUGCUGGAAUAAGAUAUUUAUGAAGCAGAAUGUGAUGAUGGCAAAGGGUAACAUUUGGUUCUAGAAGGGUUAAUAAAAUUAUGUACUACCACUAAGUACAAUACAUUCCAGGUGAACAAAGAAAAGUGUCUUAAAUUAGAUUCUAUUAUUUCUGAACGCUCACGUAGCUAAAGCAUUAUUAGGAGGCCUCGAGAUGAGGAGCAUUUGGUGAAUUUGCUAAUUUCCAAGGUUAUUUACUAAACCAGACAUUAUCAGGGAUUAACCAAUUAAAUUUACAUUUUAGCUCAGCUUUGUUUCCAGCUCAGCUAUUUUGGAAUAAUCUUUUAAAUUCUCCGUCAGUUUCCACCAAUUCCCAGCUAAGUCACUCAAGGGACCUACAUUGACCCAGGAUUCAGGAUUGACUGCGUUCCCAGUAAGGUUCCACCUUUUAAAAUCUGUGAAGUACUACUGCAUCUCUCAUUUUAUGGUAUACAUGAGAAAAUGCCCUUCGUUGUGUUAUAUGGAAAGCGUGGGGUGCUGUGCAUUAUCUUGGACUGUUUUUAGAGUAUAAUUGGAGACAUCCUUACUGCAAUAUCAGUGACAUAUCCUACACAGAUCUCUUAUUCAUGGUCCUUCACGCAACAUAAGCAAAUGUGCACACAGGCUUUGCAAAGAGCAUAUUGUAUUAUAUAUAGGUUGCACUCCAACUAUCUUCUGGAGUUCUCCCACUUGUCUGAUCCUUUACCGGAGGGUGGGUUGAAUUACUUGUGAUGUGUAAAGAGUAGGAAUGAGGCCCAUACCUCCAUUACAGCUGUACCAGAGCAUAGAGAAGGCAUAGAGCCCCUUAUUUCCUCCCCUCUAUCACAUACAGCACAGGAUGAUGACAGUGAUGAUGGUGUCAGUUGGCAAAUGAUGAAAUGUGGCUACAGCCAGGAGAGCUAUAGUUAAGGGGCAUGGUGAAGAAACACUGUUGAUUAGAUUGGAGGAAGAACAUGGAAUAAGGAAGAGGAUAUGCUUGGGGUAACUGAGGAUAGAAAGUAUGAUUAUCUAAAGAUGACAGAUGGAGCAUCUGUUGCAGAUCAAACAAUUGUCUAGUGAUGAGAUAGAGAACUAGCGUUAUAGAUAGAAAUGUAGGUAUGAGGACUGGUGAAUUGAUGCUGGUCUGGUAGAAUAUGAAUUGUGGGAUGGGACAUUAAACAGUGGACUGUCGGCAAAAUGAGUGGCUUGAAAUGAGGAGAGCUGUGAUAGACAGAGCUGUAGAUGAGAUGGGGAGAUGGAGAGCGUUGGAGUCAACAUAAAGUUGGUAGGAAUUGAGUGUGUAUGGUCUGGAUAUAAUAGUGUAGGUGAAAUUGGUGGCUUGAAAAAUGGGAAUUUAAGACAAGCGCAGCUGUCCACCUCCACUCAAAUACUGAAUAUCUGAUAUCUAUGCAAAGGGCAACAGCGAACCCUGAACGUGCCUUUUAUGAUCUAGCAUUAUAGUAAUUAGAUAGAAAGAGCUAAAAAAUAUUAGCCAUGAGCUCACAAUCUUAAAGAGAAAACAAAUAAUGUCCGACAUGUUUGAGGAACAUCAUGGAAACAUUUAGGAGGUAACUAGAUAUGAUUUGAGGUAGUCUACAGUGGGCUGGCUCUAAUUGGAAGAGGUUUCAUCUUACUUACUUGAGAGCAUCCAGGGAGAUAAUAAUGUAAAAACAUUAGUCAUGACAUUAAAAAGAUAAAAAAGAUUACAAAAAAAACUCAAUUCAUUUUUUUUUCUCGUUAUGCAUUAUCUAGUUAUUCUGGCAUUUGAAUUUAGAUAGCGGGACAUUGAAUCAACUAUUUAAACAUAUUAAACUCAAAAUAUUAAUAAAGGGAAUGCAACAUUAAUAAAGAAAUAUUUGCACUAUAAUGAACAUUUUGUAAAAAAAAUCAUAAACAUUCCUAAUGGAAGCUAAAAUAGUCCUGUAAUUAAUUAAUUAAUUAAUUAAUUGAUUUCUAGAUAAGAAAUAGCCAUAAAAAGUAAGCAUAAUUUUUCCAAUCACCUGCGGUGCUGUAACAUUCCCUGAUUUAAUUGUACAUGAAUUAAUUUGCCCACCUGUUCUGCUGCCAUUUAAAUAAAUUGUUGGAUAUUCACUGAGACUCCUAAUUAAAUCACUUCUUUUAUGGGGUGUUUUUUUUUUUUUUCUUGUGACUUCUUAAAAGCCUGCUUCUUACUGUAACACUGGGAUUAUUGACUGCACUGUGCUCUAUCUUGCUUUAUCCAUGAAUCCAUGAACUUGCUAAUAGAUUUAUGCGCAUCUCUCAGCACCAAAUUGGUAAUUAUUGUGGCCACAGAAGUGAAAGAUUUAUCUUUGACUUGUUAAUACAAUUCACAAGGAAUGCACUUUGUCAAAAUUGGCAUUUUAUCUUUGCGGAGAUAAGAUGUUGCAAUUUAAAGUCCUGUCAUCUUACUCUUAAUGUCUUAGAACUCUUUCAAAGUGAUCGCUUUAUUCAGUAAUUAAAUCGGACUUGCCUUAAAGGGACACUACCCACACCCUAAAUGUGUGAAGAGUAAGUCCUCUUUUUUUUUAUUAUUAUUAUAAUUUUACAAAAAGUGCAGUUGUCAACAGAAAUUGGCACUCUUAUAAAUUAAAGGAUCACUCCACUCUGAUUAUAAAUAAAAAUGAAUACAUGCAUGCAUUUUUACUGCAUGUAGUCAUUGGGGUUAAAUCUAAAAAAAAAAAAAAAAAGCUUGACAAAGCUGCGGUUCUUCUGACUGCAUCCUUAGCACACCCUCCCCUUCAUCUCCAGAAGAGACUUCAGUUUGUACCAGGGAAAUGGCCAGUCAUAAGUUUCUCAUUGGGAGGUGGAGGACAGGAAGGAUGCCAGAGGAGGAAGUUGCAGAGAUUUUUCAGUGAAGGACAGAAGAUGAAUUGUGAGAAUGCAGGCGACGAGCAGUGGAAUAUCGUGGCAAUAUGGAGCUUGGCAAAGGAAAGUGGAGCUUGCCUUCAGCUUCACGCUUAGUCAAGGUUUGUCAAGAGUAAGGGAAAAUACAAAAGUCAUAGUAGUCCGUAGUUUGCCCUGUGUAUUUUACAAGAGGAAGAUGAGAAAGGAAGAAAAGAAGGUUAGAUUUGAAAAGAGGAGGAAUCGGUUUAAGAAAGGUACGUUUGACUUGACAGAGCCAUUUCCUUCCCUCUAUUCCCUGUAUACUUUCUCUAUCCUGACGGCCAGGUUUGAGGCACCCAGUUUUAGGAUAUAUACGAAGAGGUGUGUAAUUCUACAUUUCAUUUUAUUUUUAAUACCUCAGAAAUACAUAUUCAUUACAUAUAGGGAAAAGUACACAUAACAUUAAAAUGCUGGAAGUGACAGCUGUCCCUUUAAUUUCUUGUGUUUAAUCAAUUUUCUUAAUUUCUUUUUUUUUCAUCCCACAAUGCGCUACAUGUAGCUCAGGUGCUGGCUGAUCUGAUUAUGAUUGCAGCCAUCAAUCAAGUACCAUAGCAUGAGUCAGAGGCGUAACUAGAAACCACAGGGCCUGGUGCGAAAAGUGCUCUGGGACCCCCCCAUGCAUCUCCCCCCUCACACCAUAUUUGUAUAACAUGUACAGAUACAUACUCAGACACACAUGCUAAUACACAGACACACAGAAUGACACACAUUCAGAUACACAGAAUGACACUUCUAUAGAUACAAACACUGACACACAUGUGGUGCACAGACGCAUAUACAGACAGACACACAUAUAGACACACAUGCGGGCACAGAUACACAUAGAGACAUACAGAUACACAUACAGACACAUACAGACAGAUACACAUAUAGACGCGCAUGCAGAUAUACAGACACACUUAAUGACAAACAUUCAGAUACACAUACAGACAAACAGAUACCCAUUCAGACAAACAUAUACACAGACAAAUAAAUAUACAUUAAGACACACUGAUAUACAGACACACACAUACACGCAGACAGACAAACACAGACAGACAGACAGACAUACAGACACACACACACAGACAGACAUAGAGAAACAAACACAGACAUACACAUACAGACACACACACAGACAUACAAACAGAAAGACACGCAUACACACACACGACUUUCUCCCAGUUCUGACUUCAUCACUGGUGCCCAGCCGCGCUCUUAAAGCACCGCAGCGCUGACCGGGCUCCAGGAAAUCCAUUGCCACCGGGUGGCCCGAAGAGCACGGGCCACCCGAUGGGCUCCUGCAAUGCGGUCCCGGCGGUCCCCAAUGUGGCCCCGGAGCCGACAGGACGGCCGGGCCCCCUGGAGUGAUGGGCCUGGUCGCAGCUGCGCCCCCUGCAACCGCAGUAGUUCCACCUGUGGCAGGUGUAGUUAAUUGCCAAUCUGUUAUCGCACCAGGGAAGUGAAACCCAUGAUUCGAAAUAACCCCUAUAUAUUAGCAUUAAGAGGAAAGAAAAACCAUGAAAUUCUGCAAACUGACAGGGGCCCACACAGCACUAAACCAAACACUAUCUUCCUUUCUUGUGUUUUCUUUGAAAGAAGUCAGAUUAUAUUAUACAGCAAAGCAUUUGUAUUCUGUGCAGUAAGCAGAUCAGUGCUUCCUAGUACUGAGAUAAAGGAGAAUACACUGUAGAAUUUGCUAUGUGAAUUCCACGACAAUCUUUUGCAGGUUUAAACACAAUAAAUCUGAAGGAUAAUGCAGCUAUAACAAUGUGUUUUGAAGACAAUGAGUUUAUCAUCAUCUCUCAAAAGAGGUGUUUGUACUACUAAUAGCAGAAAUGUCAAAUCAGCUGUUUUAGUGGUAACUUAAUUGGAAAACAACUUAAUUGGAAAAAUCCUGCACUCGGCUGCAUUUUCUGCUCCACUGUUUGAAAAUGCGCUAAUCUUUUGUCAUUACUCUACAAUAAACUGUUUAGUGAGAAACACUCCAAAUGUAAGAUUCAUUAGUUAUUCACCAAAGCAAUAAUUGUUGGAAACACUUGGCCAAGUCAUCCGAGCUGGAAAUAAAUAUCUGGGUUGGAAAAUUGGACAUUUAUUUCAGAUUGGUUAUUUUGGCAUAGGAUUUGAAAUCCCAUGAAUUCCCCCAAACUAACUGUUUAUUUAGUGAAUAACCUUCAAUGUGUGUAAUAACGAUAUUGACCAUUUAAAAUCUUUCGCUCUUUGUAUCUAUUUACCCUUAAUAGAUCUUACAAUUCUAAAGAUUCGCACAGUUUUACCAUCACCAUGAUGGUGAAUUUUUACGCCAAUCUUUUCAAUAAAAACAUUUUAUUUAUCUUUUUUAACUGGUUAAUUCGCUUUUCUUUUUCCAUCAUUAGGUUUUGGUAAAGAUAAUAAUUUAUUAUUAUCCAUAUUCUGGCAUUUAUUUGCACUAAAAUAAAAUCUUAUGCUAUCACUCCACCUUGUGGGCCAGUGAUUAAUACAGUUGAUUAUCCACCAGAAAAGGUGUAGUCUAUAUGUAGGGGAUUUAUCAAAAAAAUUGAGAAAUAGUGAGUGGACAGUUGUCCACCUGCUCCCCCUUUCACCUUGACAAGAACAAGCUUUUAUGCACAUCCAGUCUUUAGCUCAGCAGUGUGGAAUAAACAGAGCUCCCUGUCAGAUUCUACCAUCUGCAAGGCUAAGCAAGGGCAAAUCCAUUACAAUGAAAGACAUCUGAAUAAAAGCGGGAGCAGCAGGAAUAGCAAUUAAAUAAAAAAAAUAAAAGUAAUAUUUUUUUUAUGUGGUGGGUGAACAAUUGGAUGACAUAUCCAAAAAUGGCCUUACUGUGGAUCAAAGUUUCUGUCAUGUCCCUAAACCGAAUAAGAACUGACAAUAGCUGCCUUACUGUCCAAUCCUCAUUCCCAGCGGGGAGUCAAUGAAAGUGGAGUGGUGGGAAUACAGAAUACAGAUUGCCCUCUGCUGUUCCAAAAUUCUUUCAACCAUUUCUAAAGUGGCACUCCAACUUGUGCUGACAUCCAGUCAGAGAUUUGUGAAACCCGGUUUUCUCUUGUUCCUGUCUUGCUAGCCCUCACGCUACAGUGCAUUGUUUAAGAAAAGUUUGUAGUAAAGUCUUCGUUCACUACCACCAUCAUACCCAGACACAGUGGGUACCACCAGUGUGCCAUCAAAGAAAGAAAAACAUGCUGGCCAGUAGGAGCAAUCCAUAAAUCAGUUAGCCUGCUGUUAUGAUAUGACCCUGGAAUAAAAUGGGCUGGUGAAAACUUCCCUGGGAUGAUGAAGACUCCAAUUGUCCUGCUCUAACCUGCCUCUGUUGAUGACUGGCUAUAUCCUCAACAUCCCUUUGAUCUACCAAAGGGAGUAAAUGGUGCAGGAAGUAGUGCUGCUGCUGUUGCUCCCCCACUUUUUUAAAUGCCUGUCAUUGUAGUGAUUUAACCCUGUAUAAAAAAUGCUCGGUGCAAUUACUAUUACUGUAACAUUAUUGUGUUUGACUACACUGCACACAGCACACACUGCUAUUUACAGUGCUUUGACACUUGCACAGCACAUACAAUUAUCUUCAGUGAUGUUGUUCUCUGCCUGAAACACUAUUACUGCCACACUCAAUGUAAGUACACACUGUGUAUAUUACUACGGUAGGAAGCUUACAGUUUACACAAUUUUCACUACGAGGCUCUCAAAGUGAUCCCAAACACUGCUUAAUUGGUGCAAUACAUUAGCUGCUAGUCUUUGUCUUGGGACUGCGGUGGUGGCUUUUGGCUAAGGUGUUCAAUUCUCAAAAGCGUUAACACUAUUGUUGAUGGUUAAUUAAGGAACAGAUCCCCUACCCAACCUCAAUUCUGUCUUGGAAUUAGUAAGUGACAUUGAUGAUGGUGAGUUUGUUUUCUUAUUACAUUAAAUUAGGAAUAUGAAUGAUUGACAACUGUGUAAACUAACACAACUUUAUUCAGUAAAAUGGAUUGGUGCUUAUUAUAUUACUGUAACAUUAUUCUGUUUGACUUUAAGAAACAUUGCACAACGCUCAAAGACUUGCAAAGCAUGCACUGGACUGCACAUGCAGACAAAUAUAAAAUAAAAAAAAGGACUGUGUUCCCCCUAACAAUUAAAUGAAAAAAAAAGCACUAGAUAAGUUGUCCAACAUUGUUGUCAAUCUAGUAGCUGUGAAUGAAUAUCAAUUUUGCUUAAAAAUGCUUAAAAUUAAUUAUUGUCUAGAUGUGGCUCUUCUGAUGAUGCACUUUACUCGAAGCCAUAUAUGUAUACAAUGGAUGGCAACUCUGUUAAAUAUGUUGUAUGUUUGCUAUAUGUUUUUGCAAUUACAUAAUAAAAAAUAUAUACAUAUAUAGAUAUAUAAAAAAAAAAACCUGUCAAAGUGUAAAUCAUUCAUUCCAAUUUGGAGUUAAGUGACACUGCAUUUACCAUAAACAACAGUGUCACACUAGAAUGAAUGAAGUUAUGAGGCUAUCUCUAAUUUUCGCAGUUUGUGUUAGUGUCAUUAGCUAGGAAAUCACACCACAAAAAAAAGGUUUUUCUUUCUACAGUUAGCAGAAAAACUAAUAACUUUUAAUGUAAGUUGGUGUUACAUGUCAGAGGCAAAGAGUGCGACACUGCACCAGACAAUGCCAACAGUGUCACACAGGUAUCUCAGUAACUCUGUGAUUGCCAAUAUGGGAGUUUCUGGGCAAGUGGAAUACUUUUCUUAUUUUUUUCGACUUACAACACCCCCAGAAAAGGAUUUUUUUUCUAGAAACGAUUAACAAUAAAGACAGCUUUUAGCAACUGUAUAUUGUUAACCUAGCCUCACACUAGGAUCAAUGACAUAAUGGCAAUCACCUAUCUCCCACUCAAAGCUGUUUCAAAUGCACCUGGCUGUACCUAGCUCGAUAGAGUAGAAAGAGUAGUGAGCUAAAGCUAGUCUCACACUAGAAUUAAUGACCCAGAAUUAUAGAUUGCUUUACAACUUCUCCUUUUUCCCUUUUAUCGGUCAGUUGUCAAUUGAUCUGUGAAUAAAAUAACAUUUACAUGCUGCCCCCUAACCAUGAAUUGUCUUUUAUUUACCACCUCUUGAUAGGAAAGGAGACUCAGCCCACACAACUGGGCAGAUCUCUUGUACAUCAUGACAAACUAAGCUGCUUAUUUGCCCCACACCAAAAAAAAAAUUAUUUUUCUCCCAUCUCCCUUUUUUCUGGUGCCAGGAACAGCACUCCGAGUCAAAAAUAAAAACGAGCAUGUACGGGCUUGCGCUAGUCUGUUCCCCUCAGAUUCAGGUGUGACACCGCUUGUAAAUUUAAAUUUCAGCUAAUUAUCCCUAAUUUGACCGCAUUGUCGCUUUGCACAAAACAAAGCUCUAACUCUAAUUAUUAUUAAAAGUUGCUUGGUUUCCCCGAAAAAUAUAAGUACAGUAUGGUGCGAAAUGAGAAAAAGCAAGUCAAUCGUGAGGGUACUAACCUUAAGGGCUCAUUAAAGAUUCUUAAUCAUAAGUUUAAUAUGCAUAAUUUCAUCCCAAUGUUAUGUUUUUCCAUCCCGUAUAACUAUACAAUUAUUGUUAGAUUUUACAUUCCUAGCUUUAAUUACUUAUGUUCGGUGUUGGACACCAUAGCCUCAUCAUAAUUAUUAUAGAAAUUCAUCAGUUGGCACCAUGAACCACCACUGCCAAACUGUUACCAACUUUAGGAAAUGAAUUGUAUAUCAUUGAAAAGAAUCAUCAAAUUGUUGGGGGGUAGAGUUCAUGCUGGGGGCAAGCGCCCCCCACUUGUCAAAUAACAAAGCCUAUGGAUAUCAAAAUUUGCUAAAUUUAUUUGUCUAAAAUCCAAAAUCACUUAAAAAUCAUCCGAUGGAUUCCUAUUUGUCUUAAAUGCACAACUUUAAUCAGAAAUAUCUGGCUUUACUUACAAGCACUUGAUGCAUUGUCUCUAUUUACCCGCAUUUGUCUUAGGGACUUACCGUUUAUUUCUUAGUAUGGUCAAUGACCUUUUAAACUAAAACGCUCAACCUUAUUAUAAAGGCCAGUAAGAGUUCCAUUAGUUAUAGCAGAGGGAACAGCUGUGCUGUACUCUGUAUCUCCACUGUUUACAAGAUGAAUCAUUCUAUUUUUUUAUAUAUAUUUUUUUCCAGGGCACUGAGACUAUAGACACUGUGCCAUGUCUUACAGAAGCACAACCCGAUGCAUUUACUCCACUCUUCUCCUGAUGCUAACAAUUGGACUACCGUUUAUGAAGUUGGUCCUUGCCGAUGAACCCUCUGGCACUACUAUUCCUCCAGAAAGUAUGUACAUGGACUUUUCAUUGCAGCAUGAUAAAUCACAGUAUCACAGAUAAGGCCAGAGAGAAUGCCUACAGAGUGUGCUCUGUGUGUAGUGGUGUGUUUUGUGAUAAUGAUCUUGUGUUAUCAUUACAGUAUUAUAUGAACAUCAUUAUCUCACUUACUUGAGGUUCCUGUAUCGCUCUGCCUGGUUGAAACUCAAAUUCAUGUUAUCUCUAUAACAAAACCAUUUUACAGUGUCAUUCACAUUAUCUACAUAUCAAAAACAUAGUUCAUAUUAUUUAUAUAAUAUAGCAACAACAUAGCACAGCAUAAUUCACACUAUCUAUAAAGGAACAAUCUAAUACAGUGUUAUUAUAUUAUCUAUAUAGCAAGUAACUGUUAUUUAUCAAAUCAAAAUCAUGGUAUUUUGGGCUCAAGAGCAGUCUCUGAGACCAUAUACCAAGGUAAAUCUUCAAAAUAUAUCUAAUUUUCCCUGAAUUUACACAUUGUUGACAUGUAUGAAAUAUGCUGUUUAUUCAUUGCAUUUUUUUUCCCCAAAAUUAAACAACCGUAGGUUAAAAUAAAGUAGAAACGUUGACAUAGAAAUUACUGUCUUUUCGUUAUUAAUUUCUGGGUCUGUACCUAGCCAUCCAAAUGAAGUCAGUGUCCGGCUCAGGUCGGGUUUCUGUGGGAUGCUGUUCAGGAACUGUCAAAUUUGUUUGUAUUUCAUGAAACAAAUAAUUUAUUGUAUACAGCCAGAUGAUCAAGUUCCCAAAAGGAAAUUUUAAUACAAUAAAUGUAUAUAUUUAUCUAUAUUUUAAGCUUUAGCCUCCUUCUCCCUUCUGUGGCUAGCUAUCCCCAAAUGUCUAACUACCUACUCUAUAAUAUACCAUGUUUCUACCCUCUACCUCUAUAUGGUAGUACAAAGUAUAUGUUUUAUAAGGUACAUUGAUUAAACAUAUUGUUUAAUGCCUAGGCCGACCCUGUGUGGACUGUCAUGCCUUUGAAUUCAUGCAGAGGGCGCUGCAAGACCUGAAAAAAACAGCAUAUAACUUAGACUCCAGGGUAUGUAUCAUAGAUCAAACGUUUUGGUUUUUUUGGACACAUGCCAGUGUCAUUACUUGAAAACCUGCCAUUUUCAUUUCUAAAAAGUAACACUCCAAGCACCAUAAUCACUACAGUGCACGAUAAUGGUUAUAGAGCCAGGAAUACCCUGGCAUUUCCAAUGUAAGGGGAUUAGACUAGUUUGACUUCUUACCUGUGAUCUUCUGGGGCUGCUUCCAACAUCCACUACUUCCUACGGAGAGCCAGAAGAUCUCUAUAUCUGAGCUAAGCCUAGCAUUGCAGGGCCUAGCUCAUUGUCUGAGGGUGAUCAGCUCAUAUUAGAAUAUUUUGAGAUGCAUUUUUCUUUGGAUAUCCCUAUUUAUGCAUUACGUCUUUUUACUUUUGCAACUACUGACUGACACUGUGCACUGCUGCUAUCACUAUUAUACAACUAGAUGUAAAUCCAUCUCAUUUAUAUCACUUGUAUUUAUUAGGAACCUGUAUAGAUGAAUUUAGUGAGCAAUACAUACAUUGCAAAUUUCAAUUUCCAAAAACGUUCCCUAAAAAUAUAGUAACGACAUUUUAUUUAAAUUUUUUUUAAUUAUAAUUUUUUUAAAUUAUUUUUUUUAUUAUUUUAGACGGAGACCCUUCUGCUGAAAGUGGAACGAAGGACACUGUGUGACUGCAUUUCUGCCGAGGGUCUCAGCUGAUGAUAAGAGCACCAGGAAAAGGAUGAUCACACAUCCCUUGCGCUGCUGGAGAGGAUUGUCACGUGUUGCUUUACAACGUGUAGCAGGUCCCUCUGGCAGCAUAAGGGGUUAAACACCAACCAUUAAUGAUUCCAGAUUACACAUGACAAACAGCAUAUCAACUCAACACCGAAAUGUGCAUGUGUGCAAGAAGGCAUUGGGCGGAAAGGAUUCUUUAUUACGAAUGCGAUUCGUUUUUUUAUUGUUUUCUUGAUAUUAUAUUAGACAGAUUGCAAUAUAAUUUGAUUUUAUAAAAAAAAAAAAAAAAAAUAAUGAUUCGCAUUAGAGUGAAGUUAACUCUUUUUUGUGCACUUUAAAAGUAACAACGGACAUAAAGCAACAUUUACAGUAUUUGGGUGGCACUGACUUGCACAUGAAUUUAAAUUUUUUUUUGCAGCUAAUGGAAAACUGGAGAUUGUUACAAUGUGUUGCAGCUAGUGUAACCUUUGCAGCUUGUAAAUAACACUAUGUACACAUUUUUACCCCAGUUCACUUACAUUAAAAGUACACAAAAGACUGUAUGCUGUAAGAAAAAAAAAAAAGAAAAAAAAAUUAAACAAAAAAAAUUAUCUUUUUUUUUUAAUAUUGGCACAGCGCUGUUGAAUUUGUAAUUUUUAUUUUAAUGAUUCAAAAGGAUUACUCCAGCCACCUUAACCAUUUCUGCUUUUAGAAGUGGUUAUGGUGGUAGGAAUCUGUAUGUGCAGAUACAGAACAGACAGCAGUUUUGUGCAGGGAGCUAAUUGCACCCCAGGCACAUGUGACUUAGGCAGCUCAGAACUCUGUCUCCUGCUGCCUAACGUGAGAUCUGUGCAAAAAUGAUGUCUGUCGUCAGCACUUUCUGCCUGCCGGUGACAGGUGGAUUUAACUUCCACCGUUGCAGCAGCGCUAUGACGGUGCCUGCAAAAGGAAGAGUCAAAGUCCCCUUCCUCCACCCCCUCCUAUCCCUCCCAUCGCUCCCUGCCUCCUCCAUUUAGAACAUUUGACAUAUAUAAAGUCCUCUCUCCAUCUCUACUUCUUUUCUACCCAACUCAGUGCACAUGCACUGUGAGCCAGGGAAAACAGUCCAAUCAAAUGGAUUAUGGAGAAAAAGGUUAUAGUAACUCUUUAAGAUUAGUAUUAUUUUCUAAUUCCCUAAAUACUUUUCCAAAUGUAACACCUAUAUGAGUUGGGGCAAUGCAUUGCUCUCCCAUAAGUGAUUCCAAGACGUUUAUCCACAAUUACAAGUUGGGCAGCAUGCAUUGAUCCUGUGAUUAGUUUCACUGCCAACUCAUGGCAACACACAGCCAGCUCAGAAUAAUUAAAGGCAUACUGUCAUAAUUGUUUUUAUUAUUAUUCAAAAUGAAAUGUGUUACAUGUGUUAUAUCCUCUGUGUGUAUUCUUUGUAAUCCAUGUUCGCAAGUAACAUAGAAACAUAGAAUGUGACGGCAGAUAAGAACCAUUCUGCCCAUCUAGUCUGCCCAAUUUUCUAAAUUCAAGUAAAUACCUCUGUACAGUGAGUACAAAACUUAUUCUUAUCCCCAUCUUUAAGUCCUCUUUGACUGGUAGCCUAGCUUGCCCGGCCAAAAGUCUUGCAGGUAUUCAAGAGCUAGGUUGCAUUCAUGAAUCAUCACGCCAAGUACCAGGAAUGUCAACAAUGCACUCAUGAAUGGUUUGUGACCCUGAAAUUGUACAUUGGUUUAAGUGUAACUUUUGACCAAGAGAACUAAUGAUGGCUGCCCCCAGAGAGCAAAUCUAAGUUAGGGGAUACAUGGUAACGAGUUAUUAACUUAUAUAUGUUCUUUGCAAAAUAAUACACAACAAAGCAAUACUGGAUCUAAUAUUUUAUUUUGCAGUAAUAAUAAAAUUGAUGACAGUUGCCUUUCAGCCUACACGAGGGAAACUUACCUCCCUCUUGGUGGAGCCAAUUUAUUGUAAUCUGAGCCCUAAAAUAAUGUUGAGUGAGAUUAAACGCAAUCAAAGCCAGAAAAUGUUAUUUUUGCAAAGUGGCUAGUGAAUUCACCAAGAGCUUCUAUUUGGACAAUAGCUACGUAUACUUGAGAUAUAUUCCAGCUUUAUCCAAUGCCACUCUUAAUGGGGCUAAAAUAAAUCUUAACGUAAAAAGCAUCUAGUGAAUCACCUCCAAACUGUAAGUGGAUUUCAUAUUGACUCCUAACAAUUGGCUUAAAAAAUUGAUCCCAGGCAGGAGAAGGUGCAUCAUUUGUGUCAUUAAAAUUAUUUCCAUUUUCAACUUAUAUUUCAAAAUUGAAUAGAUGCUGCAAUUGUUUUAUGUUUUUUGACUAAUGGGAAUAUGCAACAAAUAAAAAAAAUGUAUGCGUUAUUGAAUGAUUGCUAUUUGGAAUAUAAGUCUCUAUGCUGCGUGUUACUCACAUCGUGACCCUAGAGAUUGCUGAGAAAUUCUCUACCCAACCAAAAAAAUAUAGAAUGACGGAACCCAGUUUCAUCGGACAAAGGACAAAUGACAUUUUAAAACCAGACAGUAGGCGUGACAAUAUAUUUCAAAAUAUAUACUCAAAUGCCUUUAAAAAAAAGUAUUUGUACCAAAUCUGCUGAAAUAUUUGAGAAGCUAAUUUCCAGAUAUUUGUAUAAUCUGUAAACUGUAUCUGCAUGUUGUCUAUAACAUCAAGAAGAGUAAAUAGAAUGGUCUGCCGGAGAGGAGGCAUUGCCACCGAUGCUCCUCUCAACACUGGAGAUAAUGGACAGGCACACCAUGUAAA